AUGCGAUCAUACAUUGUCCGGUUUAAGGAAACACGGCAACCGGAAGCGCCAGCCGUUGCCAUCCCCAAGCCUACGGCGCGCCAGAUUCGGACGCGCACGGGGUGUGCGCAGUGCAAGCGGCGACGGGUCAAAUGUGACGAGCAGCAGCCAGCGUGCCAGCGCUGCAGAGCUCGUGGCGAGAAAUGCAGCGGCCCCGUCGUGGUGCCCAUAUGGCAGACGGUAGUGCUGGCACAGGACUCGUCUGACAGUGGGCUGGUGCAGUACUGGACGACGGCUGUGUGCGGAUCCAUGCCGCUCGAGCUGCACAAGCCAGAGCUGCUGCCGGACGUAGUGCUGCCGCUGUUGGAUCGCUCCCCUGCUCUGCUGCACUGUAUCCGCGGCGUUGCCAUUGCCCAUCGGGGCUUCUUCUCCACCGAAGCACUCCCUGCCUCACUCCGCGAGACUUCUCACGCUCUGGCUGCCCUGCGAACCGAACUGGCCAUCCAUGGCGACCCGCAUCGCACCCUACUCGCCGCCCUCGGCCUGUCCAUCUUGUCCGUGUGGCUGGACCCGUCCAGCCAGGAUAGCAGCAGCCUUUUGCACCUACGUGGCGCGAGCUCCGUGCUCCACCUCCUUCUUCUUGGAGUCCGGGAAGCGAGCACCCAGUGUCUCGCACUGACCGACUUCAUGGUCGGUCUCUAUGUCUACAUGGACAUGAUCCACUCGUACGCCGUGCCCGCCGCCCACCCCCUCCCGCUGAGCGGCAAACUCGCCAGCCGCCUCGCCUCCUCCGCCGGCUACGUACAUCCCAUCACCGGCAUAGCGACUAGCCUGUGCCUCGUCGUCGCCCGGGUCGGCCGCUACCUCCGCUCUGUCGUCGACCUGCGCCGCCGCGAUCCGGGCCUCGAGCGCACCUUGCACCGCUCCCUACGUGACUGGCAGCCCGGAAAUCCUGUUCACCACCAGCAUGCCCGUAUCGCCGAUGCCUAUCGCGUCCUCGGACAGAUCAUGCUGCACCAGGCCCGCCGCCAUGUCACUGUCGUUGACGACGACGACGAUGAGGAUGAUGAGCCGCCGCCACUAAGCACCCUCGUCGCCCAAGCCCUGCAAAUCAUCGCCGCCGACGAUGUCACUGCCUCCUCUACAGAUGCUUCCAGCGGCGUGUAUACCCGCGGCAUCAUGCUGCUGGCCGUCGGGCCCGAAGUGAGCCCCGGUGCCCGCCGCGUCGUCAUCACCGACGCCUUCGUCCGCCUGCACAGACUGACGCGCGUGAAUCACUUCCUUCUCGCUGCGCGGUUCGUGCGUGAUACGUGCUGGCCGCUGCGGGACCGGGGCGUCGAGUUUACCUGGCUGGACCUGCUUGUGAGGGCGGGGCUGACGUGUGUGCUGAUUUAA